GUGCAGUGGAUCGGUAGUACACGAGUAUUCCACAUCCCAAGAUGGCCACAAACAUUACUUUCCACCCUGGUUCCGUCUCUGCUGAAGAGCGAACAGGUCUCCUCACACAAAAGGGCGCCACUAUUUGGUUGACGGGUUUGAGUGCUAGUGGAAAGUCGACCAUCGCGUGUGCAUUGGAACAGCACCUACUUCAUCUCCACAAGUUCUCCUACCGCCUCGACGGCGACAACGUCAGAUUCGGGCUGAACAAGGAUCUGGGCUUUGACGAGAAGUCGAGGAACGAGAAUAUUCGCCGUACGAGCGAAGUCUCCAAGCUAUUUGCAGAUGCUUCAUGCAUCGCUAUCACCGCCUUCAUCUCGCCGUAUCGCGCCGAUCGGGCGUUUGCUCGGGAAAUACACGAGCAAGCAUCGUUGCCGUUUAUUGAGGCGUUUGUUGAUGCGCCUCUCCAUGUUGUCGAGCAACGUGAUCCCAAGGGACUAUACAAGAAAGCUCGUGCCGGAGAAAUCAAGGACUUUACCGGAAUCUCAGCACCAUAUGAAGCUCCAGAGAAUCCAGAAAUUCACAUUGACACGUCGACGACAGAUGUUGCGGAGAGUGUCCGAAUUAUUACCGACUAUUUGAAGGGCAAGGGAUAUAUAUCCGAGUAGAUAGAGGUUAGACAUGACCAUGUAGAAGUAGAGCUUGUAUAAGUAAUAUUGCUGUUCGCCUUUAACAGGGUCAUCUAAGACUUGACGCAAAAAUACCAGGUCCAAGACAGCGGCGACCGAGUGGUUGCGGGCGGGCCUGCCUUGCGGAGUGCACAGAGUGGGUAGUGACAUGUAGGAAAGAAAUUGCGUAGUUGGGGGCUGUAGCGUGGCGCGAGAGACGGGUCGAGACUCGAGAGGAAGGGUGAAACGAGUGGCUGAUUUUGUGGUACGGUGUCGAGGUCAAAGUGGCUAUU